GACAACAUCUCCCCCAAUCUCUUCGAGCGGAGGAGAAGCGGAGGGCAACAGACACCGCAACCAUGAAGCAGAUUUGAAAGAAAACAACAUAGAGUUUUCAUAGGAAAACCAAAUAUUAGCUUUAUAGUACAAAAAGGCGGAUCGCGACACGAAACGCACGAGAAACAACCAUGCAGUUCAAAUACAGAAGACUUUAAUGAAAUAAUUCAUUUAAAAAAGGGUUGUUUGCGAUCCUUCAAGGUUGGAUCUGCGAAAGGUUCUACCUUGUCGCCUUAGAUUAGCCCGGUGCGGCGGCUGAGGUUUAUCCCCGGCCGGCAAACAUGUCCGUGGAGGAGCAGGGCUAUACUGAAGCGAUGGUGGUGAUGGAAGAAGGACCAGAGUGGCUGCGGGCAGAGAUCGAGCGCCUUUCCCGGGAGCUGAGCGAGACGACCCGUGAGAAGAUCCAGGCAGCGGAGUACGGGCUGGCGGUGCUGGAGGAGAAGCAGCAACUGAAACAGCAAUACGACGACCUGGAAAUCGAAUAUGAGACCGUUCGCCAGGAACUGGACCAGCUUAAGGAGGCCUUUGGACAAGCCUACUCCAACCAUAAGAAGGUGGCAGCGGACGGGGAGAGCCGGGAGGAGUCCCUGAUCCAGGAGUCGGCCUCCAAAGAGGCGUACUACGAGCAGAGGGUCCUGGAGCUGCAGACGGAGCUGAGGCAGAUGAGGAACGUCCUGACCAACACCCAGUCCGAGAACGAGCGCCUUGCGUCCGUGGCACAGGAGAUGAGAGAGAACAGCCAGGUGGUGGAGCUGCAGCGCAGCCGGCUGCGUGAUGACAUCAAGGAGUACAAGUUCCGGGAGGCACGCCUGUUGCAGGACUACACCGAGCUGGAGGAGGAGAACAUCUCGCUGCAGAAGCAGGUGUCUGUGCUCAAGCAGAGUCAGGUGGAGUUCGAGGGCCUGAAGCACGAGAUCCGGCGUCUGGAGGAGGACAUGGAGUUCCUCAACAGCCAGCUGGAGGACGCCAUCCGCCUGAAGGAGAUCGCCGAGCGGCAGCUGGGCGAGGCGCUGGAGACCAUCAAGACGGAGCGCGAGCAGAAGAACAACCUUCGCAAGGAGCUGUCGCACUACAUGAGCAUCAGCGACUCCAUGUACCACAGCCCGCUGAGCAUCUCGCUGGACGGCCUCAAGUUCAGCGACGACGCCGCCGAGCCCAACAACGACGACGCGCUCAACGGCUACGAGAGCAGCUUCAGCAAGCUGGCCAACGGCGGCAGCGGCGGCGACAACAACAAGGCCUCCACGCCCAAGAAGAACGACCUCUUCAACCCCGCCCCCAGCCUGGUCAACGACCUCCUGAGCGAGCUCAACAUCUCCGAGAUCCAGAAGCUCAAGCAGCAGCUCAUGCAGGUGGAGCGGGAGAAGGUGAACCUGCUGUCCACCCUGCAGGACUCCCAGAAGCAGCUGGAGCACGCCCGCGGGGCGCUGUCCGAGCAGCACGAGAAGGUCAGCCGCCUCACCGAGAACCUCAACGCCAUGAAGAAGCUGCAGGCCAGCAAGGAGCGCCAGUCAGCCCUGGACAACGAGAAGGAGCGCGACAGCCACGAGGACGGCGACUACUACGAGGUGGACAUCAACGGGCCCGAGAUCCUGGAGUGCAAGUACAAGGUGGCCGUGUCGGAGAUCGGAGACCUGAAGGAGGAGCUGAAGACCCUGAAGGCCAAGUAUGAAGACUGCCAGUCCAAGUACGACGAGGAGAGGGGCCGCCUGGAAAACGACGUGGCCGCACUGACGGGGAAGCUGUCCUCGCUGGAGAAGACCAACCGCACGGACCGCGACCAGGUGGUGCGCCUGGAGAAGGAGCUGAAGAAGGUGAGCGACGUGGCGGGCGAGUCGCAGGGCAGCCUCAGCGUGGCCCAGGACGAGCUGGUCACCUUCAGCGAGGAGCUGGCCAACCUCUACAACCACGUCUGCAUGUGCAACAACGAGACGCCCAACCGCGUCAUGCUCGACUUCUACAAGGAGGGCAAGGGAGGCCGCAGCAGCCCCGAGGGGCGGGGCCGGCGCUCGCCCAUCCUGCUCACCAAAGGCCUCUUCCCUGAACCCGGGAAGCUGGAGAAUGGCGAGGGCACCCCGUCCCCCGUCUCCUCCCUCCCCUCGCCCGUCUCGGACCCGCGCCGGGAGCCCAUGAACAUCUACAACCUCGUGGCCAUCAUUAGGGACCAGAUCAAGCACCUGCAGAUGGCGGUGGACCGCACCACGGAGCUGUCCCGCCAGAGGGUGGCCACCCUGGAGCUGGGCCCCGUGGUGGACAAGGACAAGGAGGCCUGCAUGGAGGAGAUCCUGAAGCUCAAGUCCCUGCUGAGCACCAAACGGGAGCAGAUCGCCACCCUGAGGACCGUGCUCAAGGCCAACAAACAGACCGCCGAAGUGGCUCUGGCCAACCUGAAGAGCAAGUACGAGAACGAGAAGGCCAUGGUGACCGAGACCAUGAUGAAGCUUCGCAAUGAGCUGAAGGCCCUGAAAGAGGAUGCUGCCACCUUCUCCUCCCUCAGAGCCAUGUUCGCCACACGAUGCGACGAGUACGUGACGCAGCUGGACGAGAUGCAGAGGCAGCUGGCGGCGGCGGAGGACGAGAAGAAGACGCUGAACUCCCUGCUGCGCAUGGCCAUCCAGCAGAAGCUGGCGCUGACGCAGCGGCUGGAGGACCUGGAGUUCGACCACGAGCAGUCGCGGCGCGGCGGGCGGGGCAAGGCCUCCUCUGCCCGGGGCAAGGGCGCCCCCGCCAACCCCCACUAAUAUAGUUGAGCCCGGAUGUGGAGUGGCCAACAAAGAGCGCAGUCACACUACCAACUUCAAAUUCAGUACGCCAGCAACAGCUAGCGUUGCAUGGCCAUUCGAACUUAAGAAAACCACUUGGAGACAAUUUUUUUUUCACAAAAGAAAAGGAUCUUUUGCUGAUAACACACACGGGCACACAUACACAAUGGCAUGAAUGUCACAUCAGAACAAAACACAACUUUACUUUUCAAGUGCUGCUGCAGGAAGGUUAUACUCAUGAGUACCAUGGAGAUUUCUGCCUCCCUUCAUUAGCAAUCAAGAUUAUGAUUGACUACAAAACUCUGAAAUAAGGAAUGAGGGGGAGGGGCCAUUUCUCAGCACAGCUUACUGCAACUAUUCAGUGUUUUAUUCCCAUUUUGUUUUUGUUUUGUUUUUUCUUGCGCACUUUUAAUAUAGGGGUAUUUCACUCUGGCUUCUUUUUUUUGAGUUCUUAACCUCGGAAAAGUUUGUAGUGCUAUGGUUUGUGAGUCAUUUUUAAAGUAUACACAUUUAUAGGAAUAGAUUUUUUUUUUUCUUUUUGUGCACAAGUCACAGUGACGAGAAAGUCCCAGAUUCUAAUCAUACUACAAACCAGAGUUCUACCUGCUGUGCUUCAGUGAGUUAAUCCAUGAGUAUAUUAAUAAGCUUUUGUUAUUUUUUAUGUUUAUCAUAAUUAUUAUUAUUGUUGUUGUUAUUAUUUACUGAUGUUAUACUGCCAUGUUCUAAACAAAAUCCAGGGUGGACAAAUUCUGGGGUUUUCAUGUAUUAUUAUUCUUAGGAAUAGUUCAAAGUAACAAGAAGAAACUUGACGUGGUUCUGGUUGAAAUGGUAACAGGCACUUGAAAAGCAUGAAUAAAAAUAAUUAGUAUUUCUAAUGCCAUUCCAGAAUCUCUGGAGUUCAAUUCAGGCGGGAUCACUGACGGACAGAAUUCUUUGCAAGUGCACCACUUAAAUUCCAAAUUGGAAUGGUUUCAUUCUCUCUUUGUUUAUCGUGCCAAAUCUUGGUACAUCUUUAGGUUUUAAAAAUGAGAAGAAAAAACACGUGACGAGAAUGGCAGAGGACAGAGCGUUUCGGGUUUCGCAGUUUCAGCGCCUUGUUUUAUUUUCUCCAUUUUGACCAGUAGUGCCUUUCAUUAUUUCAAGGGAGAAUUGUAGACUAGUUGAUUUUUUUUUUUUUUUUAGAAGAAACAAAAUAGCUUGUCACAUCUUUAGUUUAAAAGGAAUUUAGGAGCAAUAAGUGCAAAGAGAAUAGCCCUUUUUGCCUCAGUAUGAUCAUAGUCUUAAAAUUAGAUAAAGAGAACAGAAAUUGUAUUGAAUUCUGUAGGUCAGUGAUUCCAUUAGCAUGCGGAACUGCAAAUUCAGGGGUAUAGUGAAACAUUUUUUUAUUGAACUUUGGGAACCAAAAGUAAUCACUUUGGCCUCCUAAUGAAUAAAAUGGUUCAGAUCUAACACAUUUGUGGGUGCAGGACAAUGUACUAUUUGAGAUGUUAACGUAUCUUAUAGCUUUGUAUGGUGAAGGUAACGUGAUAUCAAUAGUAUUGUUGGCAAAUGUGAACGAGAGUGGUUUUUCCUUAUUUUUUGUUGGUUUUGUAUUUGUUUUUUGUUUUGUUUUGUUUAAAUUUUCACAUUUUUUACAUCAUCUAAAAGUGUUGUUAUUUCAGUAAACAGAAAGCAAAUUUCGCAUCAACAAGCUUAUUGUGCCAUUAUAGCGAUGAGGUUUGUUGAGGCAUUAAAAUGUCAAGUUAUUGAUAUGGUUGGGAAGUUUAAAAUUAAGUGCAAUUCAAAUGCUGUUUCACGUGGAAAAAAGUUUUCUGUUUGCUGGAAGCGAUAGCAUUGUGAUUUCUAGCCGUGCAGACUAUAUUGUCAUAUUCUGUUACAGUAUUGACUCAUAUGAGAAUUUGAUACCUUUAUAUAAAAUAAUGACUUCAUCUGUAUGUUGGUAUUUAUUUGAAAUGAUGUCAUGCAGUACUGUAUUACUUUAAUGUGCAUUAUGAUUAGUGGCAAAAUGAUCUCAGUUUAAUGUCAUGCAUGUACUUCAGUCAUGGAACCUUUACACACAGCUGAAAACAAAUCUAUAACUUUGAAAAUGUAACUAAAAAAAGAAAGGAAAAAAACAAGCAAAAACGUAACUUUAGACAUUAAUGUAUUACUUGCGAACUAAUCCAAAAAAAAUGUUUUGUUUUCUCUAGAAAGGCUGUUUGUCUGUGUAAAGG